AUGGCCGCCCUUCCCCACAUACCGGCCCUCCCCCCCGCGGCCGCCCUCCCCCACAUCUCGGCCCUCCCCCACAUCCCGGCACUCCCCAUGCGCUCCCCCAUCCCGACGGUCCACCGCUGCCGCAGUGCAUCCCCUGCCAUGGAAGACCCUCUAGGCAAGACAUAUGAAUUUCAGGAGGAUAUGGAAAUAACCUUCGAUAUUGGUCGUGAAGAUGAUAUUGAAGAAAAAUCUCGACCGGAAGUCUUGCUUGGUGAUUUCCGUGAUCGAAUGACAAUACCAGACAAGUUUGUGCAACAAUUUAGGAGCCAAAUAACAAGAACUGUAAAUCUGGAGUCACGCAAUGGAAAUACCUUUGAUGUCCAUGUCACAAAGGAUUUGCACAAACUGGUCCUCGAGUCUGGAUGGGAGGUGUUUGUAAAUGCUCAUGGCAUAAGCACGGGUGAUUUCCUGGUAUUCAACUAUGACGGAAACUCUCGGUUUAAGGUUCUAAUAUUUGAGCCGAGUGGUUGCGAGAGAUUAUCGCGGAGCUGCCUCUCCAUGAAAUCUGCUCCCCAUGAGGACCAAGAGUGGGGAGAAAAACUCACUGGAACCUUGGGCAUGCGCCAUGAUCUUCCCAUGAGAUCACCACAAAGUGAAAGGGGAACUACGAUACAAUGGCAUAACUCAAACCAUGGGGAAGAUAAUAUCGUUCUUGGUUCAUCAAGCGCUCCAUCGUCCGAGUCAUCAGGUUGUGUUUCAUCUUCAGAAGAUGAGCUACAAGCGCAUCCUGUGCGGAGGCUGAUCCUCGUACGAGGAACUUGUGCUACUGGUUCUCAGAAGAAGAAGCUGAAAGUCAAGAUCCGAGAUAUUUAUUCUGAAAUUCCCAUUCUUGGGUGCACCAUAAGGAAGAGCAGUAUCCAUGGAAAACCUUAUAUGUUGUUUCAGGAAAUAUGCAGAGAAUAUGCUGAGGUAUACCUUCCAUUUGAGGAUGAAACAAUUGCGCUUCGACGCCAUGGCAAGAUCUGGAAGGUGCGGUGUUGCAUUAGUCAGUACGGUAGUAAAAGGCUCUUGAAAGGGUGGAGACAGUUUGUGCGUGGGAACAACCUGCGGCUGGGAGAUAUCUGCCUCUUCAAGCUACAGAAGAACAAGAAGAAGUACACUAUGGAUGUUUAUAUCAUUCGCAAAGAAUGA